CAAGGGAGAUCACUCUAGAUUUUCAGAGCUGCACCAUGUCUAAUUCGAUGUGGCGAAAACUGCAGAAAAAAAUAGAUAAUGAGACAUGUCAACCAACAAGCCGUUAUUUAAAGUACAAAAUAGCAGAAAGUCAAGAUCUAAUAGCUCAGGAUCCAAUGACAGCAUGUCAGUUUUGUGGGAGUGAUUACACACCAACACAGCGGAGAGUUAGAAUCAAGUCAAAGGUCAAGCUAAGCAAGAAACUUGGUGUAUUGUUACGGAAGUAUGAAACUGAUCCAAAUAGCCUGGGGAAGUUCCAGUCCAACUUAGUUCAAACUUAUUUAAAAAGUUGUAAUACACUUGUUGUUAUGUGUAAUGUGUGUAAAAAGAAAACCAAGUAUCCAUGUCUAAAGAGAGAAGAUUUAAUACAACAAAAAGUUAAAGAAAAACAAAUUUUACAGAAUAAGUGUAUUAUUGAGCCAGAGAAGAAAUCAAAAAAGAAGAAAAGGAAGAAAAAGAAAGAAAGAGAUGAAGUACUUGACCAGAAACCACCAUCUCUGCAAUCUGACACUGUUGAUGAUAUAGACAGACAGGAAAUAAGAAUAACAUCUCCUCAACUAGGAACCAGUUCUCAUACAUAUUCAAAGAAUAGUUUAAUAGAUGCUACUGAUCAGGGAACAUUGUCUAAGUUAACAGAUUCACGUAAAUCAUCUGCUGUGACACACAAUAGACAAUCUCUAACAAAGAAACCAGAUAUACAGGGUAAUAAAAGAACAAGAAGUGAGGAAAAUAUUACAAAAAGUGCCAAGAAGAGGAAAGCUAAAAAUUUAAACCAACAGCUUAAUCAAAUUUUAGCAAAUGAGAAAUCUGAGAGCAAGUCAGGAAACCUAAUGGAUUUUUUAUCUAGCUUAUAAUAAAUAUGCAAUUAAUUUA